AUGAAGCGUCUGGCGCUCUGUUUGACGUGGCUCCUGAUGGGGAAUGUUCAGCGUAAAGUUUACAAAGCCACCAGCGCCACCUGGGCCCUCGUCUUCCUUCUGCCCAUUCCUGUCCUUCUCCUGCUCCAGGUCUUUGCUUUCCCCCUCAAAAUAAGGAGAGACCUCUUCUCCGUCAAGGAGGUGCUUCUCAACAUGGCCGCGGCGUCCUUCGAUGACCAGUACAAGGGUUGCGUGGAGUUGAUGGAAGCAGAACUGCUGGAGCUGAACCGCACAGAGUUUGCCACCAACAGAGUCUACGCCGACGCCUGGGCAGAGGCGGCCUCCACGUGGAAGGAGAGGAAGGCCUCUUUCUCAGAGUCCUCCACCCUCAAACCAGAGCAGGCCAUCGCCCUCAUGGCCUACACCGUCCAAGGCCGCUUCCACAGGGACUUCAACGCAGCCGUGAGGGAGGCUGGGCGCACCAGGGACAGCUACCUCAACCACUUCCAUUUCAAGGCCUUCCACUUUCUCCUAACCCGAGCCCUCCACCAACUGGGCAUCACCGCCGCGCCCCGAUGCCAGAAGGUGUAUCGGGGCGUCAGAAACGUCCGCUUCGCUUCCGAGCGCGCCAAACUGGUCCGCUUUGGACAAUUCACCUCGUCCUCGCGGAGCAACGAGAGCGCUCUGCGCUUCGGCACCGACAGCUUCUUCACCAUCGAGACCUGCUACGGGGUCAACAUCAAGAACUAUUCGUUCUUCCCGGGUGAGGAAGAGGUCCUCAUCCCUCCCUUUGAGAAGUUCAAGGUGGUCAACUUCACCAAGGGCCAAGAGACCAACUUCAUCCAUCUUCUCUCGCUGGAAGACGACAGCAACUACAACUGCGUGUUUGUGAAAGAGAAAAAGUGCCAGAUGCGGAAAUGCCUCUUCAGGUCAGCUGGGGAAGGUCUCCCCACCCUUUUCCCGAGGGUGCCAGUCAAGCAGCAGCAGCAGCAGCAGAAGAAGAGGCCGGUUGGCAUGGCUUCCGUGGGCCAAGAGGUGGUGCUUCCUUGCUCGAUUUUACUAAAGGAGGAGACUUAUGGACUUCAACUCCCAGAAUUCCCCAGCCAGCCGUGA